UUCCUGUAGCCGCGCCGCUGACUGAACUCCACUGACGUCACUUAGAGACGCGAAAGAAGCAAAGAAGCGCUCAGAGGAAAAGGCGAGAAAAGAGACACAGAAAGAGAAGCGUCUUCUGGUUCGGUUACCGCGUGCAUACGGUUGCAGUCACAUAGAGAGAGAGAGAGAGGGAGAGAGACAGAGAGAGGUACAGGGAGAGAGAGGUACAGCAGGAGAGCGCGCUCCUCUGUCCCGCUAUGGCUGAUCUAAUCCACAUGCACGACUCUACCGCUACUCUGGUGAACCGGUUCGCCCGCAAAGGCGCGCUGCGGCAGAAGAACGUGCACGAAGUAAAGAACCACAAGUUCAUCGCGCGCUUCUUCAAGCAGCCCACAUUCUGCAGCCACUGCACCGACUUCAUCUGGGGAUUUGGCAAGCAGGGAUUCCAGUGCCAAGUGUGCUGUUUUGUGGUGCACAAAAGGUGCCAUGAGUUCGUCUCAUUCUCCUGUCCAGGAGCUGACAAGGGGCCAGACACAGAUGAUCCAAGAAGCAAGCACAAAUUUAAGAUUCAUACCUAUGGCAGCCCGACCUUCUGCGAUCAUUGUGGCUCGCUGCUGUAUGGACUUAUCCACCAGGGGAUGAAAUGUGACACAUGUGACAUGAAUGUACAUAAGCAGUGUGUGAUGAAUGUGCCAAGCCUGUGCGGAACAGACCACACCGAGCGCAGAGGACGUAUCUUCCUCAAGAUUGAGGUCAGCGGAGACAAACUUCACGUGACAGUCGGUGAGGCAAGAAACCUGAUUCCCAUGGACCCUAAUGGCCUCUCAGACCCAUACGUGAAGCUUAAACUGAUACCUGACCCUAAGAACGAAACUAAACAGAAGACACGGACCAUUCGCUCUUCUCUCAAUCCCACAUGGAAUGAGUCCUUCUCCUUUAAGCUAAAGGCCACAGAUAAAGAACGCCGACUGUCAGUAGAGGUGUGGGACUGGGACAGAACCACCAGGAAUGAUUUCAUGGGGUCCAUGUCAUUUGGUGUCUCAGAACUGUUCAAGGCACCACUCUGUGGCUGGUACAAGCUACUGAACCAGGAGGAAGGUGAAUACUACAAUGUGCCGAUUCCAGAGGUGGAUGAUAUUAACUUUGAACUCAGGCAGAAGUUUGAGGCCUGUCAGCUAAAUAUCCACUUCCUAAAGAAAGCAAAGCUGGGCCCAGGCAAGAAAGUGAUCACACCGUCAAACCACCGGCGCUUCAGUUUUCCCUCCAGCAACAUGGACAGAGUUCGACUCAACGAUUUCCACUUCCUGGCACUUCUAGGAAAGGGCAGCUUUGGCAAGGUAAUGCUCGCAGAGAUGAAGUCCACGGAGGAGCUGUACGCAAUCAAGAUCUUGAAGAAGGACGUGGUGAUCCAGGACGAUGAUGUGGAGUGUACCAUGGUUGAAAAGAGGGUGCUGGCACUGAGGGACAAGCCACCAUUUCUCACCCAGCUCCACUCCUGCUUUCAGACCGUGGAUCGGCUCUACUUUGUGAUGGAGUACAUUAACGGUGGAGACCUGAUGUACCACAUCCAGCAAGUGGGCAAGUUUAAGGAGCCUCAGGCUGUGUUCUACGCUGCCGAGAUUGCCUUGGGCUUGUUUUUCCUGCAUAGGAAGGGAAUCAUCUACAGAGACCUGAAGUUGGAUAACGUGAUGCUAGACUCAGAAGGCCACAUUAAAAUAGCCGAUUUUGGCAUGUGUAAGGAGAACAUGUAUGAAAGCAUGACAACACGCACCUUCUGCGGUACUCCUGAUUACAUCGCCCCAGAGAUCAUUGCGUAUCAGCCUUAUGGAAAAUCAGUGGACUGGUGGGCCUAUGGUGUCCUAUUAUAUGAGAUGCUGGCUGGACAGCCACCGUUUGAUGGUGAGGAUGAGGACGAGUUGUUUCAGUCUAUCAUGGAGCACAAUGUCUCCUAUCCUAAGUCCAUGUCUAAAGAAGCCGUGUCCAUCUGUAAGGGACUGAUGACAAAGCACCCAUCAAAGCGACUCGGCUGUGGCUUCGAAGGGGAGAGAGACAUUAAGGAGCAGGCUUUUUUCCGAAGAAUUGACUGGGAAAGACUGGCCAACCGAGAGAUUCAACCUCCAUUCAAACCCAAAGUUUGUGGCAAAGGGGCAGAGAACUUUGACAAGUUCUUCACACGCACCCAACCCAUGCUGACCCCACCAGACCAGCUGGUCAUCGCCAACAUCGACCAGAGCGAAUUCGCAGGUUUCUCCUUCAUCAACCCUCAGUUCAUUCACCCAACAGUACACGGAAGCAUCGUAUGAGACUGAACCGACUUGUAACUCCUAACCACAACGACGAUGACCAUAAACUCCAAAAUCUGUCUGUACUGUUAAUGACCAUUUAGCAGAAAGUGCAGAAAUUGUGAAUGUGAGAGCUUAAAUGGGAUGAUAAUUGAUUGAUUGAUUGAUUGAUCGAUUGAUUGAUUGACAGGACACCCAGCUUCACACGGUGCAAUACAUGAAAUAGGUCACAGUAGUUCUGAAAUCUAACGGUUUAAAGGCUUUAGAGCAAUGAUUACAUAACAGCCUGUUGAAUAUCCGGUUACAUAUAUGUCAAUUCAGCGUAUAUUAAUGAUGCAAUAUAAUGUGGAAUUAACAAAACAUGACCAGAAUGUAUGUUUGAGAAUUAGUUGAUUGGAGAAUGUUACUUGAUUAAAUUGGAGCAGUGGGCAAUACUAGAGGACAAGUGUAGGACCAGUGAAAUCAUUUUAAUAUAUAAAAGUAUAAGACACUGGUUCUUUUUAGUUUUUACCCCUGAAUCCAGAGCCUUGCCAGUCUGUGUGUAUGAGGCAUGUUGACAUGCUUGUCUUGCUUAUUUUUUGUCUUAGCGUUGUGUUUCCUCUUAUUUACUGCCAUUUCUAAACUUCCUAAACUUAAUAGACAUCUAUUGGUAGUUGUGCCAAAACAUUUUAGAGCUCUCACUAUGACCAUAUUUUAAUUUCUAUCUAAAGCUCCUGUGAAUAUGACUCAUGUUAUUUUCAUCCGGACUUCGACUAAAUUGUUCUGUGCUCCUGUUUGCAGCAUGAAAGUCCUUAAAUGUACGUUCGAUUCCCCAUGACAUUUUGUUUGAGCUGUUAUGUGCAUCAGCCAGCAUGCUGUAUUCUGUACAUGCAAGACAAGACACCAAACUGUUACCAGAGUGUUCACAGUUGCUCUUGCGUACACUGCAGUGCUGCAUGAUACAGCAUCGAUUCGUUAUUUCCUACUGAUUUUCAGUGCAGAGUGGAGUGACCACCCUGAUACUUCCCAACAUACAGUUAAGACAGUUGUUUUCCUUCAAAUAAAUUGAGAGACACAAUGCGCAUGCAUUAGUAGCCUACCAGCUAACACAUAGUCAAAAGUCCAGUGACGAAGAUUGUUUCCUCCACAUGAUUGCAACCAGCUUGCUGUUCUGAAAUGCACAGUGCAGUACUAUGAUGCAUGUUUUUUUCUCUGUUUCUCUGUAACGUCCAUUAACAAACCCAAUAGACAGGUAACAGUCCCCAGUAUCAAUCCUGCUUGCGUUAUAUACUGAAACGAAGCGUUUAUGUAAUUUCCCGUGAUGAAUUUUGUGUCCUAAUAUAUGCGCUGAAGUUCUUCUCUGCUUCAUUUAAAUUUUUUUUCCUCUCUAUACUUUCGAUCUUUGCUCCGUAGAUGCUUUUAUAUGAAGAAGUAUGUUUACUGUUACAUUAAAGCAACACUAUAUCCACCGUUUUUGUAAAUACAGAGGCUGUUUCAAAAGAGAAUUAACUUUAACUGUAGAUUUUAUACCAACAACUGAAUGUGCUUUUACAACAUUAGUUGGUUUUGACAUAUCUGUAUGCUUUAGAUAACGUGAUUAAAGGAGACUAGUUUGGCAGAACCCUUUGAUAGCUCUGGUAUUGGCGAACCUUGUUAUAAAUGUAUUUCUUGUAUUUAUCCGCACUUUUUGUCAAUGUUUAUGAGACAAUUUAAGCGAAUAAGCAGUAUUUAGGUAUGAGCGCAGUGUUUAUACCAGCGCUCCUGUAUUUCUUUUUGUUGUGUGCAUGUGAGGGUGUGGGCAAAUCAGAGCAUGUAAAUCAAGUAUUGAGUCAACUACAAAUCUACAAAUCAACCAUCUCUAGGAACGGCCGUGUCAUGCCAAGUACAAAACCUGUGCCCUUUACUUUCAUGUCGUCAUAUUUUCCAGCUUCCUCCUUCCUUUUUCUGGCCACUUAAUGAAGAACUAGCAGACAUUAGUCAGACUUCAUUUAUAUUAUAUUUACACUGAUUACUUUAUUGUAACCAACUGACAAUUUCAGCAGAAUACAUUCACUUGCGUAAGUUUUCACCCCGACCUUUUUGAAUGUAAGAAACUGAAAUAGACAUAUUCGGGGAUUUAAGUCAUGAAGGAGAAUGUAGAUAGUUUGCUAAAUUAUUUACAAAUCAAAAAUGUUCAAGUAAUUGCAGAUAUACUCACCCCCACACACACUUGGGUUUCAGUGGUGCAACCAGUUGCCAUUUGUUGAAAGAUUCUUUACAUCAGGUUAAUUUGUGUGCAAUUCUUGUGUCACAUGAUCUUGUUAAAAGUACAUCUGUUCCUGUAUCUUGUUAUAGAGCAUCUAAACAAACAGCAUCGUGUCCAUGUUUAGGUCAAAUUUCUGAAAACUUCUGAGCUUGGUUUAAAAAAAACAAUUUCAAACAUUAUAUCCCAUAGAGCACUGUUAAAUUCAUUAGAUAAAAUGGACAGAAUAUAGCACUGUGACAUGGCUGUCGUCCACUAAGUCAGCGACCAGAUAAAGAGGGCAUUACUCUGAGAAUGUGUAUAUUCAAGGGAUAACACAUAGCUGACUUAAUACUCUUGAGAGUCCAAUAGUGACUAGUGAUGAUACUGGGAUUUCCCAAGAACCUCCAUUGCCUAAGUGAUCUGAAAUUCCCAUUUUUGUCCAUUUGCUGUUUAUCCAUUUGUGCCAAAAAUGAAUGAAAAUCUUUAUGUAUAUAGAAAAUGUAAUUAAAUAAACUUGACCCAUCAGGAAUCCAUUUCCCCCAACCUAAUACCUCAGGAUGUUCCCAUACACAUGCACUAUUAAUGUGCCAAUGAUCUUAGUGGAUUAUUGUCUACUUUGACACUUUACAAGUGGAUUUGUUCACUUUCAUUGGUUUGGGUCUCUCACCGUUCAACAGUAGUGUCCUUUUCACUGCAUAGCAAUGGAUAUAUUAACCCAGACCAUCUAUUUUAUUUUAUACAGCUCUAUCUUUUAUUUCAAAAUACCCAAAACACUUUUAAUAAUACGGUAUGUUAUUAUUAAUUAUCUUCAUUUGAGUUAUUAGAAUAUAUACACAUUUGUAUAAAUGUAUGGAAAUAGGUGCUCAAAACCUUUUCAUAUGCUUGGGAUCAUCCUGACGGCAGGUGCGAUUUUAAAUAAGCAAAUCAUUUUGUGUUGGAAAAAUCUGUUUUAUUAGCAUUCCUUAACAAAAUUUAUGUCAUACUAAAAUACAAAAACGAUUUAAUACUUACAGUGAUUGUUAUGUCAAAGAGUUGGCACCAUAUCUUGCAAGAAUUACAGCGUGUCUCACAUUGAGAUUGUUGGAAAUAUAUCCGUUAUUUCAACGUCUCAGAUAAUAACAGUGUCCAAAAUCUCCAUGUAUCGAAGACUCUAUUCACAUAAAUCUUCAGAAGAGAUUCAAAUCAGAAUAACAAUGGAUCUAGGACAAUGUUUUAGUUUGAAAACAAUAUUUAUUCUUUCUUGUUUAUAAUUAACAAGCUUUGCAAAGGUUUGUCCUUAUGUUCAUUGUUGAAGAUACUGUCUAUUAAUAAAUGUUAAAGAAAUGUU